AUGGCUAUGAAUUCUUCUAGUGCAUCCAAUGCAAACACCACAAACAAUAUAUGUGGUUCAUUGCCUUCUUCUACGCAAGCUAGGGAUCCGGCAUGGGAAUGGGGUGAACUCAAAGACCCAGAAAAUCCAAAUAUUAUUACCUGUUUGUUAUGUAACAAAUUAAUCCGUGGUGGUGGAAUCACAAGGCUUAAGGAGCAUCUCGUAGGAAAGUCAGGGAAUACUUCACCAUGUCCGAAUGCAACCACUUCUGUUACAACAAAUGGUAGUGGUGUUGAUUUACAUGUUCAAAAUCAGACGAAGAGAAAGCGAAUAACCCAAAGUAAUACAAGAGGUCCUAUUGAUUUAUAUAUGAGGACAGAUCACAAGAAAACUCAAAAGGUCACCGCUGAAAGGAACUGUGCAAUGAAAGAGAAGUUAUUAAAGACUGCAUGGGAAUGCAUAUCAUCUUGGAUGACUGAGAAUUCAGUGGCAUUUAAUACCGUUCGUUGCCCAAGUUUCAAAGAAAUGAUCUUUGCAAUGGUGAUUACGGGAAAGCUAUGCCCCCCCCCCCCAUCUUACCAUCAGAUUCGUACCAAUCUUUUCAAGGACCGAUUAGAAGAAAUGAGGAUGUUCGUUGAUACCUUUAGGGAACAUUGGAAGAGGUUUGGAUGUUCUAUCAUGUCAGAUGGUUGGACGGAUGGGAAAAAGAGACAUCUUAUUAACUUUUUGGUGAAUUGUCCUAAAGGUUCAGUAUUUUUGAAGUCUGUGGAUGCCUCAGAUAGAACCAAUGAUGCUGAUUUCAUUCGUAAGCUUGUAAAGGAGGUAAUUGCUGAUGUUGGUGCAGAAAAUGUGGUUCAGUUCAUUACUGAUAAUGGUUCUAACUUCAAAAAGGCAGGGAAGGACUUAAUGCUUGAAUACCCACAUAUAUUUUGGACUCCUUGUGGUGCUCAUUGUGUUCAGUUGAUGCUAGAAGAACUUGGUUCCAAGCUUCCAAGAAUCAAGACAGCCGUCAUACUAGGUAAGAGACUAGUUACAUAUAUUUAUGCUCAUUUUCAAGUAUUGAGCUUAAUGAGGGAGUUGACUGGUGCAGACUUACAUAGGUCUACAAAAACUAGAUUUGCAACUCAAUAUUACACACUAGAGAGUCUUCAAAAGUAUAAAACUCCUCUGCAAAUGGUGUUUGUGAAUGAUAGGUGGGUAAAAACUAGGUUUGCAAGAGAAAAUGUGGGAGUAAAUGCACUUAAAAUUGUUACAAGUAUCAAAUUUUGGGAAGAUGUCGAUUACUCUUGUAGGGUGCUAAAGCCUUUAGUUAAGGUAGUAAGAUUAGUGGAUAUCGAACGCAAACCUACAAUGCCUUCUUUUAUGAGGCAAUGA